GAUACAAUUUGUUAAAUCUUUUAUAUUUGAGAAAAUAUUUUUAACAGCUCUCUUGUAUGAUGUUUUUCAUAUAGGAAGAAUUUUCAGAGAAUAUAUACAUAUUAAGUUUCCGGAAAAUAUAAGAGAGAGGUAAAUGGCUAAUGAGACCGUAGAGUUAAUUUUAAAUGCAUUCUAGUUUAACAGAGUCGUUAAUAUUACAAAAGAUCGACUUGAAUUUUCCUAAUAAAGUGUGUAACGUUCCUAAUAAAGCCACAAAUUACGCAACAGGUUGAAUACGUCAGUACGUGCUAUUGUAAUCUAGUUUGAAUCCGCUGUUUUCUGCAGUUAGGACUUGAUAUCAAAUUGUCAUCACAAUGUUUUAAAAUUAAUGCAAUGACCUACGGAUAAACGGUUCACUCAGGAAGCAUCACGUGACGGGCGAUUUUACAUAUUUGACUUUAGUUCUGAAGGAACGGCUUCAGUUUUUCAUGUAACACGUGUACUGGAACAUCUCCUUUCCAUAAAUGUAUCUAUAAAGUAGUUGUCGUCACACCGUGGAUGGACCCCACUCCGUGGACACAGAGACGCUACUGCUAUUACAGACUGUAAGUAUCGUGUGUGGGCAUUGCUUCGAUCGACAGCCGCAAAAUGCUGCAUCAGAGGAAUCCUGAUUUCUUGGACGCCAAGCCCGAAAGCUCAGGAAAACCAUGCUUGGAAUCAUGCAUCAUGCGUCCGAGGAUAUCACGAAGAGGAGACGGCAACGAUUAUAUUAUGAAUCCGCAUUGGUACGAGUGCUCUACGUAUGAAGAAGCGUAUAAGAAGUCAUUGGAGCAUCCGGAAGAAUUUUGGGGCGAGAUUGCCGGCUGUAUCGACUGGAGCAAGCCUUGGCACAAGGUCCUGGACAAUUCCAACGAGCCGUUCACGAAAUGGUUUGUCGGCGGUGAACUGAACGCAUGUUACAACGCGGUGGAUCGGCACGUGCACGCAGGGUACGGGGAGAAGACAGCCCUCAUCCACGACAGUCCCCAAACGUCAUUAAUACGCAAAGUGACGUACAACGAGCUGUUGGAAAAGACAUCCGUGCUGGCGGGCGCGUUGGCGGAUCUUGGUGUGCGCAAAGGGGACAGGGUGAUUAUAUACAUGCCGCUGAUCCCCGAGACUAUAAUCGCGAUUCUCGCCACUGCCAGACUCGGGGCGAUUCACUCCGUGGUCUUUGGAGGCUUCGCAGCGAACGAACUGGCGUCCAGAAUAGACCAUGCCGAGCCGAAGGUUAUUAUUGCGGCGAGUUGCGGUCUCGAACCGUCCAAAGUGAUUAAGUAUACUACAAUGCUAAACGGCGCCAUGGAUAUGAUCGUUGCACCGAGGCCGAAGUGCAUCGUAUUUCAGAGAAGAAACGUGUGGGAGGCUCCGCUACUCGAGUCACAGCUCGACUGGGACGAUCUCAUGAAGCGAUCGAAACCUCAUCCGUGCGUAAUGGUUGAAGCUAACGAUCCACUGUAUAUAUUGUACACGUCAGGAACCACAGGGCAGCCGAAGGGGAUUAUAAGACCGAUCGGCGGCCACUUGGCGACACUCUGCUGGACCAUGAAGACGGUUUAUGGAAUGAAUAAGAACUCCAUUUGGUGGGUGGCCUCCGACAUGGGAUGGGUCGUCGGGCAUUCCUACAUUUGCUACGGCCCUCUCGUCUACGGCGCGACGAGCGUCAUGUACGAAGGGAAACCCGAUAGAACGCCGGAUGCUAGUCAAUACUUCAGAAUCAUCGAACAACAUGGCGUAAACGCGUUGUUUUGCGUGCCCACUGCUCUGCGAGUUAUAAGACGAGUGGAUCCGGAAACGCUAUUAGGAAGAAAGUUUUCGUUAAAAUCCUUAAAAACGAUAUUCGUGGCCGGUGAGUUUUGCGACUACGAAACGAAGGCUUGGGCCGAGAAGGCGUUCAAAGUGCCGAUCUUGAACAACUGGUGGCAAUCGGAGACUGGACAUCCCAUCACGGCGCUGUGCUUGGGAUACGGUCACCACGCGAAUUUGCCCAAGUUCAGCACGGGGCUCUCCAUACCCGGUUACGACAUACGCAUCCUGCGCGAGGACGGGAGCAAAGCGUCGCCGCACGAACUCGGACGUAUCGCGAUAAAGUUACCGCUGCCACCUGGAUGCAUGUCGACCCUUUAUCAGGCAUCCGAGAGGUUCAAGCAAGUAUACUUCUCGACAUUCCCGGGUUACUACGACACGAUGGACGCGGGGUACAUCGACGAGUUCGGCUACGUUUACGUCACGGCGAGGGACGAUGACAUUAUCAACGUGGCCGGCCAUAGAAUAUCCACGGCUGCGUUGGAGGAUAUUAUUUUAGCUCAUGACGACGUGGUGGACGCGGCGGUCGUCGGGGUGCCCGAUCACACGAAGGGCGAGGUGCCGCUGUGCCUUUACGUCAGACGAGAAGACGCGACGAGCAACGAGGAGGAGAUCAACCAAGAGCUGGUCGCGCGGGUGCGGAACAUGAUCGGGCCGAUCGCCUCCUUUCGCGUCGCCGCCGCCAUUACCGCGCUACCCAAAACGCGCUCGGGGAAGAUCGUCCGUAAAUCGAUCGCCACUUUGGCGCGGUCGAAGCAAGUCAAGAUUCCAAGUACGAUCGAGGAUCCAACGGUGUACCGCGAGAUCAAGGAGGCGCUCCAGAAGCUCGGCUACGCGAAACUGGCCCCGGAUCCCCAAUGACCGCGCCUCGCGCGAACGACUCAGCCACGCGCUAGAGGAGAACACGGGGGAACGAAAAAAAUAAGAGGAGAACAGACAGCUUCCCGGAAACCGAGGGACGCGACUUGACAAUGGCGCCCGCGACUCGGACGCAGGCGGGACGAAAGAGCGAAGGACGGCGGGACAUCCACGGUCCCUCUACUUACGUUCCCCGGCAUUCUUCCUGCACUCGAAGCGAGACCGGGCGCGUCUUCUUCAGGGCGGAACAGGGACCCCGCUCGAGCGACUUUUCCGCGCGGGAAGAUGCGAGUGGAACGAAACGUCCGCUUGAAACAAGUGCGGGGGGGGAGGGAAGCGCGCGCGGCAAAAGAAGGCACUAGGCCUAGCGCCCUGAAGUUGCCCGCGGUCGGCGAUUGUUUUGGCGGCAGGGAAGCGAGGUGUACGAAAAUGAAAUUAAACACCGUACGAAAGACAAAGCUCGCUUCCCGUUGAACUCGGCACAGGCGUUCGUCCCGCGAGGAGCUGCAAUGCCACGCGAAUGUAGAAAGGAUAAAUGUAUAAAGACAAAGGCCGACGGCGGAAAACGAUCCGUGAACGCUGUCUCUAGAAACAAACAAAACUCGAGUCGUGAAAGUCUCUCGUGUACGACUCGAGUUUUUCUCCGCCUUGUGGAAAAGUAAAAUGUUCUCUCUCAAGGCAGGAAGAGUCGCGAAGCGUACGUCGAAGUUCGCGCGUUCCCUCUUCUUUUUUUUUCUCCUCCGUCGUCCGUUCGUAUCACGCGAACGAUCGCGGCGCGCUUCGAGCGAGUUUUAGGGCGAUAGACUGCCAUGGCGCGGGGCGCAUUUGUUGCGCCUUGAACAUUUGCAAGUCCCCCGAAACAUGUGCAACAUUCAGAUUUAUUCCAUCUGCCUCUGACUUGAAUAUACAUAUAUAUAUUGUAUAUAUAUAUAUUCUCGAGGCUCGAAUAUAUAAUAUUUUAACACGAUAGGAGAUCCGUCAUACUGCAGGGAUGCACGGUGACGCGCAUCCACGUUCCCAUUAAAAUUAUCAGGGCACACUUUUUUGCAAAUUUGUUUUUAAUGACAAUAUAAUAAGAAACAGUAUAAUAAUAAUUGUAAUAUUAAUUUUAUAAUUAUAAAUUGUUGUGUAACACUAUUUUGUUGAUUUAUUCAAUAAAUUUCUUUUUCCAACUCUUACCACCA